AAAUCACGUAUAUUUUACUUGAGGCAUACACCUUUUCUAUUUAAAACCAUACAGUUAUAAAUUUUUAUUUCAUUAUUUUCACAUUCUUGCUUUACUUCAAAGACAUUAUGUCGCGAAGUUGUAUCAGAAAUCUAUCACCGAUUCAACGAAAACUUCUAACAAAACGAAGAUGUCAAUCUACAUUCAAACCACUCAGUGGAUUGAAUAAAAAUACUCGAAAAAGAACAUGCUUAAAAAGAUUAAAUGAUAAUAAUUCUUUAAAACCACAUCAAAUUGAAUGUGAACGAUUGAAGGAAAUUCUACCAACUGUUGCAAAUUGUGAAAAUUUGGAUGAAGUGAAGAUUAUUCAAGAAGCAAUAAAGCAUAUAAACUAUUUAGAACAAGCAGUACUUCGACGAUUAAAUAUUAUCAAUGUAGAAACUUCAAUUGAAAACAGUAGUCUUCAUUCUUCCUCAUUGUCAUCAUCCUCCUUACUUCCAGCGUUCAUUUUUAAAUUAUUAUCUAGUCAGAAUAAUCAAUCACAAUCAAUAUCGGAAGAGAAUUUGCUUUUUCAUGUUAAUGAUUCCUAUCAUAACAGGCCUCAACUAAAUAAUAAUUACAUAACUGAUGAUAAUUUUUUAUCAAAAUCCUAUGAAUAUUUAAAUUCCAAUGGUAGUACACCAUAUCAGACAGAUGAUGAUAUUGAUCAACUGGGGUAAAAGGACAUAAUAAAAAGGAAACUUUAUUAAAUACUACAAUUUCAGCGCCUUGUAAAUAAAAAGUGAACAUAUUUGACGGUUAGCAACCAAAACCACUGUUGGACACUAAAGUCAAUUAACUGUACAUAAAAAUACAUGCAUUAUUGUACAUACGUUAUUUUGAUUGAAUUAAAUAUUUAAAGAGAU